GUGUCACAGCUGAGUUCGCUGAGUCAGGCUGACUUGAAGAGACUAACAGGAACCUGCUCCACACAACCUUCAGACUCACUACUUGGACUCAAGAGGGUCCAUUAAAGCUGAGCUGGUUGAGUCCUCCAGAAGGUGUCAGAUAUCAGGGAACGUAGCUGGUCGAGAUCAGCGUUACUCAAGACUGAAGAGCCUUGGUCUUACUGACAAACGACCAGAAAUCGUUGAUUUUUGUGAAGAGCGUAAAGAUGCAGGAGAAAGGCUUCUUCACCCAAAGGAAAGCGGCAGUGGCACUGUGCAUUGUGCUGCUAAUGCUGGCUCAGCAGGUGUGUGCAGGUCCGUUGGUCCCACAGGUCCAGUCCAGCUCUGACCAGAAGGCAGAUUCAAGCGGCCAAACACUGAGGAGGACAGCUCGGAUGACCCCGCUGUGGAGGAUCAUGAAUAGUAAACCAUUUGGUGCUUACUGCCAGAACAACUAUGAAUGCUCCACAGGACUCUGCAGGGCGGGACACUGCUCCACCACCCACCGCUCCCCCUCAGAGCCUGUGAACUACUAGAUGGCCCAGGACACAGUCGGUGUGUUUACACGAGUGUGGCAGCCAUAAUCCUUAUGAAAGGUUCUCAUAACUUGGAUUAUGCAUUUAUCCAGGCUUUUUUUUUUUUUAAAUCCGUUUUAUAUUUAUAUGUGCCAAUACGUUGCUUAUACUAUCUAAAUAUUUAUAUGAAUUUACACUUUAGGUAGAUACAUCCAAGAAAAGGCAUGUCAGGGGGGAAAUCACUGCUCCACAAAAGACCAAAAUUUGAAAUAUCACUCAAAUGAAGAUAGCAGGAGGUGAACUCUGAAAGUGCAAAAAUGGAAGAAGGGAGUAAUUUAGCCUUGCAUACUUGAUGUUUUUUUCAUGAUGUGAUCAUCAACAAGGGUGCAAACAACUAAAAAGUAACGUUAGCCUACUUGUUUCACACUGUUAUGGAUCUCAAAGCUGAGACUUUGUGAUUCAAAAUAAAAUCAAAAGUACCAUUUCAUCCCGCUAGUUCCUGUGGCUGUACCUUCACAAAUGAUAUAAUCAAGUCUGACGUCUGCAUACCUUGAUAACAAGGCUCUACUGGCGACAACUCAUUGUUUCCCUGAUAUUAUGACGCCUUGUUAUCAGACAUUGCAGCACUGAUGUCACUAGCAUGCUAAUGCGCUAAUCGCGAUUAGCAUCACAACUUUUGAAGUCGCACAGUAUUAAAACUACACAACUACUUAUUUAGCUUCUAGAUUACAAUACGUCACCAGACAGGUGGAAUUACUCUUUGUUAACCGACAUCAUACACAUAUUAUUUUAUUCUCUACCAACAUCAAGUGUUUUCACAUAGCUAACGUUAAGCUAACGUUAGCUGAGUCUGCUUUAAAUCUGACUAGCAUGUAGGCUAGCUCAUCCGGUGGUACUCUGUCUGUAACUUGGCUAAAACUUGAUUUAAAAGAAAAGCAAGAGUACUUACAAGAACACUUGAUUCAAGAAAACAGCAAGAGUAGCCUACUAACAAGUCUUGAGUAUAAUUCCUCUAGACAAACAGAACCCGAAAAAAAGAAACUGCACUGGUA